CACAGGCUCCGGUCGAGAGCUCACUGUGACAGUGAAGUGCCUCACUGAAAACCAGUGAGCUGGGGCUUAAGUGGCCUCUGAUCUUCCUCACUCUUUUUUCCCCACUCUUUCUGUGUUCGCAUUUUCCAAGGAAGAGGCAUUUUCAAGGACAGCUCUGGGACAGUAUCUUUCUUAGGAGGCAAGUGUUUGGCUGUAAUAUUUCAUUGCAGUCAUGGCCCCUAAGAAGAAGAAUGUGAAAAAGAACAAAGCAGAUAUCAACGAAACUACUAUCAUUGUGGAAGAUGGACCCCUCGGUAAACUAAAUGGCUUGAAUGGACUCUUGGAAGGAGGAAAUGGUUUCAGCUGCAUCUCGUCUGAGGUUUCUGACCCAUCAUACUGCCCAAACCUCUUGGAAGGUCUAACCAAAAUGAGACAAGAAAACUUCCUUUGUGACUUGACUAUCAGUACCAAAACCAAAUCAUUCAAUGUUCAUAAGGUAGUGAUGGCUUCAAGCAGUGAAUACUUUCACAACAUCUUAAAGAAAGAUCCAUCUACUCAAAGAGUGGAUCUCAAUGAUGUGUCCCCAGUGGGUCUAGCUACUGUUAUCACCUAUGCUUACACUGGAAAACUUACUCUCUCACUUUACACAAUAGGUAGUAUCAUUUCCACAGCAAUUUAUCUACAGAUUCACACCCUUACAAAGAUGUGCUGUGAUUUUCUAGUCCAAGAAAUCAGUGUUGAGAACUGCAUGUACAUUGCCAAUAUUGCAGAAACAUACGGACUAAAAACAACCAAGGAAGCAGCGCACAAAUUUAUUAAAGACAACUUCAUCGAAUUUUCAGAAACUGAUCAGUUCCUAAAACUUACUUUUGAUCAGAUUAAUGAACUUCUUGCAGAUGAUGACUUACAGUUGCCUUCUGAGAUUGUUGCAUUCCAGAUUGCAAUAAAAUGGCUGGAAUUUGACCAAAAAAGAGUAAAGUUUGCUGCCAACCUCUUAAGUAACAUCCGUUUUGGUACCAUCUCAGCCCAAGACCUUGUCAAUUAUGUUCAAACUGUGCCAAGAAUGAUGCAAGAUGCAGACUGCCAUAAGCUCCUCGUGGAUGCCAUGAACUAUCACUUGCUUCCCUAUCACCAGAAUACACUUCAGUCCAGAAGAACAAGGAUCCGUGGAGGUUUCAGAGUCUUAGUUACUGUUGGGGGACGCCCAGCUCUAACAGAAAAGUCUCUCAGCAGAGACAUCUUAUACAGAGAUCCUGAAGAUGGAUGGAAGAAGCUAAGUGAGAUGCCUGCUAAAAGUUUUAAUCAGUGUGUCACAGUGAUGGAUGGAUUUCUCUAUGUGGCUGGUGGGGAAGACCAGAAUGAUGCCAGGAACCAAGCCAAGCAUGCAGUCAGCAAUUUCUGCAGAUAUGACCCUCGUUUCAACAGCUGGAUUCACUUGGCAAACAUGAAUCAGCGGCGCACCCACUUCAGCCUGAACGUGUUCAAUGGCCUCCUCUUCGCAGUGGGAGGCCGCAACUCCGAGGGCUGCCUCUCCUCUGUCGAGUGCUACGUGCCUGCAACUAAUCAGUGGCAGAUGAAGGCCCCGCUGGAGGUGCCCCGGUGCUGCCAUGCCAGCGCAGUGGUGGAUGGCCAGAUCCUGGUCACGGGAGGUUACAUCAAUAACGCUUACUCUCGCUCAGUGUGCAUGUACGACCCCAGCAAAGAUAGCUGGCAGGAUAAGGCCAGCCUCAGCACCCCAAGGGGCUGGCACUGCGCAGUGUCCCUUCUGGAGAGGGUCUACGUGAUGGGUGGGUCUCAGCUGGGGGGGCGAGCGGAAAGGGUCGACGUUCUCCCUGUGGAGCGUUACAGCCCGUACACGGGGCAGUGGAAUUAUGUGGCGCCACUUCAAACUGGAGUUAGCACGGCUGGUGCCUCCACCCUUAACGGGAAAAUUUAUUUAGUGGGAGGCUGGAAUGAAAUAGAGAAAAAGUACAAGAAAUGCAUUCAGUGCUAUAACCCAGACCUCAAUGAAUGGACAGAGGAAGAUGAGCUGCCUGAGGCCACGGUGGGCGUAUCUUGUUGUACUAUAUCCAUGCCCAACACCAAGACAAGGGAGUCCAGAGCUAGCUCAGUUUCUUCUGUCCCAGUCAGUAUCUAAAGACAGGUCUAACCAGCAAUAAGUAAAAAUGUUUACCAGCAUGGCAAUAUAAUUAACCCUUUAAGUAGAAUUUUUGUGCUUAUAUAGAAAAAAAAAACCAUUGGCUUUGCAAAUGUGCUUUGUAACAGUGCAGACUGGCCAGUUUUCAUGAACUUUAAUACAGGUGGCAUGCAACAGCACAUUAGGGAUAAGAUGAAUUUUCUUAGCAGGAAAAAAGAGUUAACUCAAAACCAGAGAAUUUCAUUCUCUUCCUGACUUUGCCACUGACUUACUAUACUAUCUGUGGCAAAUCAUUUAAUUUCUUUAUGCCUUGGUUUCCUUACCUGUAAAAUUGAGAUAAACUUGCUUCAGAAGAUUGUUAUGAGGUUUUUUAAUACUAAGUUUUAAACACUUUCAGAACCCAAAAUGAAAGUCAAAUAUGACUAGUAAUAAAUUUCAAUAUCGAUCAGAAAUGUGCCAUGUCAUUAUAACAUUGAUAAGUUUUGUUCUUUUCUAAGCAUUUCUAAGAAGGGGAAAAAAAGACAAACCAAAAAUACCACACAUAACAUGUGCAUACUUUCCUUUUGGUGCAGGGUAUUCACAAAAACUUCUCAAAGCAUUUUCUCUUUCAGAAGGUGGAAAGAGUUCCUCAUCUUCUGCCAUUAAACCCUUUAAUUCCUAUAUCAAAUACUGUGACAUGGCUUUCAAGAUCUGAAUCCACAAAAUACUUUAGCUCCCAUAGGCACUAUGGGCCAGCCCCAAGGGGGUGCUUUGGGUGCCAGAUGGCUCUCCUGACCUCUGUUUACACCAGGGAACAUCACCUCAUCCUCCUCCUCAUGCCAGGGAGACACACCUCUCAUUCCAGGUGGAAAAACCUGAAAGCCGAGUUUGUGCCAGGAGACACCAAGGGCUAAUGUCAUCUGAACAUGGGGAAGAUGCACAGAGCAAACUCCCUUAAAUUACUCAAGCGAAAAAACAGUGGAAUGAGGAACAAAGAUGGAAAAAAAGCUUCCGGAUCUGCCCUUUAGAAUUUAUGUGGGAAACAGGAAAUCAUGGGAAAACUCCCUUAGUAGAAAUAAAGAGAUACCUUAACAUCUUUCUUGCCAGGUGUAAGAACAACAAAAUCCAAAGUAACCUUCUCCUGGGCACACCAUUAUGCAUCUCCUUCUGAAGCCUUCAUUACAGCCCCUUUUUUGGAGAUUUCAUUCAUGUUAUUCCAAAGGCUAGACUAAUGAUCUUUGUGUUUUCCCAGUGAGUAGAGUGGAGUCUUCACUCAACUUAGUUUGCCUCCAAGAAGUUUUCUUCCUGAUUUCAGCAUGAGGAGUGGGAAUUAAGCAUGAAACCUAAUCCUAUUCCCAUAGCCAAAGGGAUAUGCAGCCCAUCAUGUCCCGUGAAGAUUUGAUACCAAAGGACUGUUGUCAGCACAAAAUAUCUACAUGAGCACAAAAUGUCUACAUAUGUCUACAUCCUUCUUUUGGGGAGGAAAGAGGGAAGGCAAUGAAUUAAAAUGAUUUAUUAUAACCAGAAGGUCACUCACCUUAAUCUAUUCAUGGAGGUUUCACAUUCAGUUUCCUCAGAUUAUCAUUGACACCUCCAGGCUUCAGUGCCAAUGAGAAGCCAUGCUCUAACGCUUAUAAGGCAUACAAACUUUUAACUCAUUUGCAAAAAGGGAACAUUAUAAAAUUGUCUGACAGUGCAGAUGUUGUUGAGACAAGCAUUUUCAGGACCCAAGCUUUUUGUAGCUUUGUUAAAGCUGCAUAUUGAGGAUCAGCAUGAGCGUGACAUGGUAAUAGAGAUGAAGUAAUUCACUCUAUCGGUUGGGAUUAAACUCCAUGGUACUCAGUCCUGUUUUCCAGUUCUAACUUAGAGUUCAUCUUUGCAUCCUGACUACACAAUUUUAAAUUUCAAAUUGUAUUUUUGAGUGCUGCCUGAUAUUAGAAUAUACUGCCACCAAUGACUUGUGUUCAGAGUAGCACUGUCAUACAAUUUUCAUAUAGUUGUUCUGUGUAAUUCAAAUAAUAACAAAUGUGAAACAGUGUAACAGAGUAAUAUUACUUUAAGUACUUAUUGCUUUAAGAACAGAAAAUUCUGUUCUUGCCCAUUCCAGUCACCAAAAGCUUUUCCUGAAAGAUAGAAAAAAUUUCUUUUUUCCCAAGUCAUGACCAUGUGUUCCAUAUGAAUGCAUUUAGGAAGCUCUUUAGAAAUAACCAUCUAUUCCAAUAUUUUUUUGUCAUUUUUUAAAUCCAUCCAGUCCAAUGAAGACACCUGUACAAAUUCAAUUAUUACUGUAUUCAUGGUGUAGUUACUUACUUUUUAUAAAGUAUCCAUGAGGUUGUAUUUAUGAAUUAAAAAAACAACUAUUAUGGCCUCAAACAGACAUUGGAUGGAAUUAUCAUAUAUAAGUGUCUCUUUUCCCUUUAGGAAUUCAGUUCCAAAAUGCCAUGAAUAGUCAGACAUUGCUGCAUGCUUUCCUGUUUAUGAGCUAGCACUUCAUGUACAUCAACAACCAUCUUGGUUUUGAGUAGUAAUUUAUGAAUGAUGGGCUAAGUGCAAUGAAAAUUUCUCUCUUACUACUUAAAGGGUUAAAAACUUUGGGGGCCAAAUCCUUUUCAUCUUACUCACAAAACAGGUUCCAUUGACUUCAGAGGGGCUGCUGAAUAAGAUGUACAGGAUUUUGAACUCUUGGCCAAAUUCUGGCAGACUAGUAGAUGAAAGUGUCAUACCCAGAAGGAAGACUGCUCCUCUGCCUACAGUGCCCUUGGCCAUGGCAAAUCCAUGAAGACAUGUCCUAGGACAUGAGACAAAUACCACUGGCCAUGUGUUCCUUCUCUAGCACAAGUUAGGUACAUACUUCAGGCCAAAAAUCUUAGGUAGAUCAACAAAUUCUUUGUUACCAGUAUAACACUACAGGUUGGCUUUACAUUACUUUCUCUAAACAUCUGUUUAGGCUUCAACUGCACAUUGAGCCAGGAUUUGGCCCUUAAUAUGUGACACUAUUAGCUGGACUUAAUAUUAUGUUGAAUCAUACUAUGUACUGAGCUAUUUGUGACAUUUUAUGUAUGACCUUCUUUUGUUAGAACUGUGAAAACUACUUGUAUGUUCUGUUUUAUGCGGUGGUGUUCUUUCAUUGUCUGGUACCAUAUAUUCGAUCUCUAUAUGUUGAAUAAUGACAUCUCAGUUGAACUUGAAAUACUGUGUAUACCAAAAAGAAGUUCUAAAGUACAAGGAAGUACUGUAUAUGGUAAUAUUAAGUAGAGCAGAGGAGUUCCAACUGUAUGAGAUGCAGACUGUUAAAGCACUACAGGGAUCUUCUUCAAUCCUAUACUAGUAGUAGGGAAAAAACCAACCAAACAAAACAAAUUAAUAUAAGCUGUUAUCCUCAAAAUUCUGUAUAAAAUGUCCAUGUAUUUUAUACUUGACACCUGUGCUUCAAAUUCAGAUCUGAAAAAUAACCUUUCUUCAGUCUGUGAGAGAAGCAGUUUGCAAGGGUUUGUUUCUUGUUUAUUCCUGACUGUUUAGUUGUAUGGGAGAGUGCGUUAGAGAUUGUGAGGGAGAAACUUGCUGUUGGAAAGUUGUGCUGAAAGGAAGGUGUUGUGUUUAGUUCUUAAUCAAUAUCAUGAUCAUUUAAUCUCUUCUUGAAGUUAGCCUGCAAGAUCAUCUGUGGAUCAGUCAAAAGUUCAGUAAACUUGAAUCCUUCAAAGAGGGAAGCAAGCAAAAUUAUCAUCAACCAAACUCAAUGAGGUAUUGAAAAGGGCUUUGUGUUGAGAUUUUUAAAUGGCAGUUCUUGCAGAAAAAAGGGAUACAAUGAAUGAAAUGACUGAGUAAGAACAUUUAUAUCAUCCUGAAACCUAGAUUAGUUUAUCUCACAGUUCUAACUCCUACCAAAUCAUACAGGGUUUAGGAGCAGUUUUUCCUUAGCAGCAGCUGGGCUUCGUAAUUCUAGUUGCAAACCCAGCAGUCACACAAAUAGUUGUAUGAGCAUGCAUACAUUCUUGCAUUCAGUAGGACUUCUGCUACAGAAAUUAAUCUCAAGGAGUUAUAUUUGGAAAAAUAAAUAUAAGAACUAAAUCCAUGAGCAGACAAACAUCAAUGUCUAAUUAUAGCAAACAUGAGCGUGUUAGACAGAUCCUCAACAUCACCAUUCACUUACCCUAUCAGCACACGGCAUUUUUUGAGACUCAAUUGUCCUGUAAUAUUUCCUUGGAAUGGCUGCUCAAUGAAAUCCUAUGUAUACUGCAAAGUUUUUUUUUGUGGAACAUAUAGGAUGGGAGGUGUUCUAGUCCAUGGAAGGGCCAAAAUGGAGACACUUAGAACUAUCAGCAAACUAAGAUUUUGUAGCCAGUCCUCAAGGAUGUUUGAGAAAAAUGUGCUGGAAAGAAGCACCUACUUCAACACAUAUCUUUCCAUAAGCAGCUUUGCUUAUGUUCGGUUACUGAGAUUUUCAUCAUCUUUCUGAUGAAAAGCAAAGAUCAAUUUUCAGUUGUCUAUAAUUUCAAUUCAUAGUUGAACUGAAUUUUCAGUCAAUUUUAACUAUUUAGCCAAGCUGGGAGAUCUUUUUCAAAGUCUGAAUUCACCUGCUCAGAGAAUGCAAUUGGAGCCAGUAGUCCUACUAUAGGUUCUUGACCUUUUUACAUUGAAUCUUCUCUUUUGUCAAAUAUUUGCUUUGUAUAAGUACUCAUUGUAAUGAGUAUAAGCACACUGUAAUGCACAGAUUUAUACUUUGACUUCUCCUUGAAAGAGGAAGAUCUCUUGUCUCUUUUAGUUUCUCUUUUCUUAUCCAUAACUAAGUGACAGAGCACCAAAGAAGAUGCACAGAUGUGAACAGUGCAUAAAAGCUCAACUAUGAAUCUAUAAAAAUCUCAUAGCUGAUGGCCACAAUAAAGAAAAGGACACAUUCUGAAAUGCCUGCUAGGUAAAAAAAAAGGUGAAACAUCACAGAAUCACAGAAUAUUUUGAAUUUGAAGGGACCCAUAAGGAUCACAGAGUCCAACUUUUAAGUGAAUGGCCUGUAUGGGGAUCAAACACACAACCUUGUUAAGAAAUUAGUUGCUGGUGCUCAUUUGCAAGUAUGACCCUGCACAGAGCUCUGUUCCUAGAAGUUCCCUAAAGAAUAAAGGAAAAUACAUGCAAUUCUAUACAGCUGGUGUGAGAGAUCUGGUUAAUACCGGAUAAGUUUUGCCAUGUAAAAGACAUAACUGUCUCAAUGAAAAUUUUCAAGAACAAUAUAGGCAAUUAAUAAACUUAUGAGGAAUUGGCAAUUUCUGUUGGUAAGAAUGGGAACACACACAUUUAGAUAUACUGUGAAAGGAAGAUGUUGUUACUCUAAUUGCAGUCUUAUCAGUUCCUUUACUGAAAAGAAAAGUUAAAAAUAUAACUUAUUUGUAUGAAGAAUUUUCCUGGCUUAUAAGUGUUAGAUUGCUUAUACAGAAAGGUUUUCUAAGUGUACAUUUUAAAGAUGGACUGUGAUAGCACAAGGGAACAUAAUACAACAGAAAAAAAAUGUGUAAGUGUAAUGUGAGAAUGUUACUACUUAAAAACUAAAAUUUGUAGUGCAGCAAGUUGUCAUAAAGAGGAAAACAGCAUGUUGGUAUUUUUCAUUGUGUGCUUUAAAUAAAACUGUUGACACAUGGCACAAACAAAUUAUUGUAAUAUCAGUUGGAAACUGCGAGACUGCCUUUCUGACAAAUGCCUGGUUGCAGUUGAAAUAUGCUUUGUUUUCUGAGCCCUGGGCUGAUCCUUGCUUUCAUAUCAGCCAACUGGAAUGUUUGUUACACCCAGGCUGUCAAACCACCUUCACAAUAAGCUGCACAAUGUGACACUGAAGCUACUUUUAUUUUUCCAUUUUAUAACAAAGACAACAACUUGCUUUUUUACAAUUAAUUAACUUCACAGUCUUUUGUAAUCAAAAUGUCUAACAAGAAGUGAUGAUAAAUCAGAUUUCUGACUAGCAACUGAAUAUGUUUUCAUUUGGAUUGUAUGGCUAACAGUACUAAAGAUAAAAACAUCUAAAUUUCAAGGAAAAAAAAUUAGUCCAAAUUCUGAAGAGCAAUUAGGUUGUGCCACAGAUGAGAGGGUUUGAGAUGUCAAAAUUGUUCCCUGUGUUGUGACACCAAGGACUUGGUUCAAAGUGUGAUUCUAUAGGUCACAACCUGAAGGGUUACCUGGCCUGUGGCUGUGCAGGGGUCAUGACUGUGGGUUCCUAAGAUUUCAUGAUACACAAGGACACAGAGGCUUCAUCCUCUUAAGAUUUUCUAGUUCAUUACAGAAUCCCACAAAGAUCACUGCUAGCAAGUAUACCAAUAGUUAUUACAGCCAAUAUGAAGGUUAAUAAAGUGAACAUGAAUGAAUAUGAAUGAAUAUAAAUUAAUAUGGAUUAAUAUUAAUUAAUAUGAAUGCCAAGCUAUUACAAUUAUUAUCAGCAAUCAAUAAUAUCAGUCAAUAGUAUGGUGUCAAUCAAUACUAGCAUCAAGCAGUAUGGUAGUACACCCAAUAACAGUAAGAGCCAAGUAGGUGUGUGCUACUACAAUUACUGGAGUUUGCCACUGAAACAAACUGAUCAACAAUAAUAUAACAGCAUAUAUGCUUAAUAUAUAUAAUAUUUACAGUCAGAAAAAGCCAGACUUAAGAAGAAGCCAAACCAGCCCAAAAGGGUGGAACAAACUGAUCCUGGAGGGGACACCCAACCAUCCCCAAAAAAAGAGAAGAAAGACCCAAGCAGUCAGACAACAGUUUCCCUUCAGAACAGAUCCCUGACACAGAGUGUGGAGUCAGCCAGCAUUCCCACUGAAUCAAGAGAAUGGAGAGUUCAUGAUGGAAUUAGCUGGGAAGUUCUCAGAGGGAGACAACUUUAGUCUGUUUUAUAACAGAGAGACAUUAAGUGUGUGUAGGAUAUUCUGCUUUGAGAAUCUAAAAAAUUAUGUUAAUUUCUGGUUUUUACUUCUAACAGGCAAUAGAUGAUUCUGUUUUCUGAUUUUUACAGCAAUUUUAUAUCUCUACAUUGUUUUCCAUUUUCCAGGAAGUAAAUUGUCAUUACAGUCUCUUGGGUUUGCACUUAUUCCUGAUAUCUUGGGAAGUCUGUGGUUUCUAGGUCUUUGGCUGUACUUUUCAAGGAUGCUUGCAGUUCCUAGGCCUAGUCCUCAGCCUCACAAUCCCAGGCUGGCAGACCUUUCUCUCUCAUAAUUUUCAACCAACAAAAUUUUCUGUACAGCAAUUUUCCUCUUCUAACCAGGUUGCUCACAGCUGGGAGAGCCAAGGCAGCCAGGUGAGCCUGCUGGCUCUGAACCAGGACCCAUGCACAUCUGGAGCAGCAGCUGGGCUCCUUAGGGCACCUGAAAAGCUACUGCAUGCCUGUGGGUGUGCUUACCUGCACAUCAAGUCUGGGAGUCAGGACUCAGUUGUCUAAAUGUUCCUUGUGCAGACGCCCCAGGUGCUGCAGAGCAUUUCAAACGGCACUGGGUGUCCAGCUAAAGCCACUAAGUCAGGCCUGGAGAAAGGGGCUUAUUUGCCUCUCUGUUCCCCACACUGCAGUCCAGAGUGAAUGGCUGACCCAUGUGUAUGAUAGUCCUGGUUGCCUUGGGUAGUGAUGAGGAUUUUGAGAAAACAAAAGGGAUUAUUUUGCUUCAAAAUUCAAGGAUGGUUUUGAAGAGUCAAGCCAUGAGUCUGUAUUGUAAAAAAUGCUAGAAUUAGACUACAAUUAGACUGUGUUAUAAAAGCAAAAAUAUUUUAAGCAUUUUAAGUCUCGACAAAUGCAUUAUUUGCCAGCAUUACUAAAGUAAACAUGGAUUAAAAUAGAAACUAUCUGGAUCCUUUAUUUCUUCUAUUUGCCUUGUUACUUAUGGACUGGAGAAAACUUUGCAGUUAUAUUUUAGAGCUUAUUAUGUCAUCAUUUAUCUUCAAAAACACUUAAACAAUAUGAGUGAACUAUUUACUUAGCAAAAGUUGGUUUUCUGCAAAUGAUCCAUAAUUUAGCUCUAGGUCUUGCAUAGAUUUAUAGUGUCCAUUAUAGCAACAUAAACCCAGUAUGCAGAGGCCUAUAAAUUGGUAUGCUGCUUGUUUUUAUAAGAUAAAUGUUACUCAAUCCUAUGGCACCGUAUUCUUUUUUCAUUUGAAGGACACCAUGUAUUUUAUAAGUAAAAUUCCUAAGUAGCAAAAGAAAUUCCACCUGAAUAUGAGGAAGAACUUAAUUGUGCAGGUGACAGCGCACUGGAACAGGUUGCCCAGAGAAGCUCUACAGUAUCCUUCACUUAAGAAUCACCUGGACACAAUCCUGUGCCAUGUACUCUAGGAUGACCUGCUUAGGCAGAAGGUUGGACCAGAUGACCCUCUGUAGUCCCUUUCAACCUGACCCAUCCCAUGACUCUCUGUGAGAAUAACUAAGAUGAGUAGGGUCAGAAUUCUGCUGCAUUUAAUUAGAAACAGCCAAAUCGAACAGACUGCUUUUGUUUUGUGUUAUUUGUGUAUGGGAUUAUCCUGAGCCAAACAGUAAAUUUAUUGAAGUUACUUCUCUAAAGGAAUAUAAUAAAUUCAGAUUAAAGGUC